GAUUAAUACAUAUCUGCAUGCGCUCGAAACAAUUUUCGAAGCACUUAUUCCACUCGUUUGCUGGCAGAUCCAAAACGGCAUUUUUGAAUGCGCCAACUGCUACUUCUGGUGACUGGUACCUUUGACCACGCAGUCUGUUUUUAAUUUUCGGGAAAGUAAAGAAAUCGUUAGGAGUAUAUCCCGACGAUAUGGAGGAUGGUCCAAUAAUUCCACGUUUCCUUCCGUUAAAUACUGCCUUGUUUUUUGGGCUGUGUGCGAGCUUGCAUUG